UUAUGUUGGUCACUAUGGAAUUACCCUUUUUGAGAAUAUUGCAAUUUACAUGAAUUAGAAGGACUCAUUCACAACCUCUGCCUUGGAUAUUCAGUGUUCUUAAUAUCCAAACUGGACAGAAUCAAAUCAGAUUUGAUUAAAGUCUCAUAAUGUCUAUUUAGAGUGAAGCCAAGGCCUUUCCGUAGUUGAAUGCAAGAAGCAAAGUUGCUUAUGUAGCAUACUGUUGGCAUCAAAAUGGCAACCUGUAUUUUUUCACCAAUCCAGCUUUACCUUUUCCGCUGAAAAUCCUAUACUUUAAAAAAUAAAAGCCACCUUAUUGCCCUUUGAAAUAUUAAGCCCCUUUUUAUAUACACCCAUGAUUGGGUCCUUUGUCCUUUUUGUCGUACUUUUAUUUGGGAUUAAGUUGUGCUUGUGGGUGGCAGUGCAGCCCCCCCCCCAUUUUGUUAAGCACAAAAUCUAGGAGAAUUGAGUGGGGGGAAAGAACAUUUUGUUCCAGUUUCAUGCUGCAUUAGCUGAAGAAUAUGUUGGGCCUACGCUCUUCAGUCGGCUUUAGGAAUCUGUUCUCUCUUAAAGUUUGUAAAGGUGAUGUUUAAGUGGCUGUUCCUUGUUAUGUGUGCUAACACUUAUUGAUUCAAAGUCAUUUUGCCAGUUCAGUAUGGACACUCUGAAAUACUGUUUACAGUUUUGUUAACAAGAAUGGAGAUGGCUUGAGCCUCAAUAAGCUAUUGAGCUCUUCAGGUUAUUGCAGAUGGCAAAUUUGAACUGGUUUGCCACUUCUGCUUUUGUGAAAAUUCCCUUUGAAGCAUGAUCUCAGAAUGUUUCGUUUACUUCCAGAAGGCUCUUUGUCCCCUGAAACAGGAAACCGUUUCAGCUAAGUAAUUUGACAGAUAAUGAAAUAGUAGCCUCUAGUGUUUGACUUACAAUUGCUUUUAUAGGUUUAGGCUGAUGUUUUAGAGCAUUCUAGGAUUCAAGUCUUCAGACCUGAUGAGAUUUAAAUAUUAAUCCUAACUAAUCUGGGUUUGUUUAUAUUAAAAUCGAGAGAAACUUGUGAUUCCCUAUUAAGUCAGGCAGAUUUGAAAACGUAUACUAGAAUUAGCACUGGACUUCAAAUAUUGCAAAAGUCUUCACUCAAGUUUUUUCUUUUUAAAAAAUGGAUCGGGUGUUCUUCUAUACUGUAUAUAUUACUAGAUACUCUGUUAACUAGACAGUGUUCACCAGGCAAAAGGCAGGGAGAGUGUGAUCCUGCUCAUCAUUCUGGAUCUCUUGACAUCUUUCAGGAUCUUUGACCCAUGGUAUCCUGCUGGAAUGAUUGACAAGGAUUAGGAUGCUGAAUUUUGCUCAUUAAGUACCAGACUAAAAUGCUUCUCUUUAACAUACUGUAACAGGUAACAAACUAAAGUCUUAGUCAAUUAUUAAAACACUGCCAAGGCCAGGAUGUGUUAUCAAUUACCUCUUCUUUAUAUAGUAAACACCCUCCAAAGCCAAUGGCUAUUCAGGUUUGUUCACCUAGCUGGUAUAUAAAACGUAAUUUUUUGUUCUGUCCGAUAGCUUUUAAAAAUGAAUACUUUAUUUGCUGUGGCUUUUAUUGCUGCCUGCUUUCCUGACUUUGCCCACCACUUCGUGCUAAGCAGUGAAAGUGCUGUGUUCAGUGAUCAUGAGGCAAAAUUUCCGAGGGAUGAAACAAGACAGGUAGAAUAUAAAAUUGUAAAUACCUGGAACAGCAUACCGGUUUUGCAUGCUCCAGUGACUAUCACAUUUAAACCUGGUGUUCAAGGCUUAGUAAUGGAAGUGAACUCCUUAUUCUUCGAUGAUCCUCCAGCUCCACCUGGUGAACCUGGAAAGCCUUUUGAUGGCCUUUGGGACUAUGAAGUGGCUGAAUCCUUCUUUUUGAAUAGUGCAACAAGAAACUAUUUGGAAGUGGAAGUCUGCCCGCAUGGCCAACAUCUUGUAUUACUUCUUUCUGCAGGAGAUUGUAUUGAGAAAGGACUUCCGUUGACAUUUAAAGCUGAUAUAAAUGGGGGUACCUGGAAUGGCACAGCAAUUAUUCCUUGGGACUACUUCCCCCCCGGUGUGGACAAGAUGAAUUCAUAUGCAAUCCAUGGGUCUGGUAUUGGGAGAAUGUAUGAGGCACUUUAUCCAACACCACAAGAAGAGAUCAAAGAGGGGCAGGGCCCUAAUUUCCAUCUUCUAGAAUAUUUCAAAGAUUUCAGUCUGAAGGACAUAAUGGGAGAAGACUGGAACCAGCCUCCAUCAGAUCUGUGGUCAUAACUUCAUCAACCUCUAAAGUCAAGUCAAUCAUUGAGAAAAAAUAAUUACAAAACACGUAACAAUGUGUUGUGCUUCGAUAUGAGGUGUCAAAUAUUUAAUUAGUUGUGUCGUCUCAUGGUGUUAGUGAGUCAGCCAAUUAAAAUAAAUGAAUUGAUUGGGCCUUUUAA